CAGUAUGUUAACACAUUUUUAUUACUUAAAUACAAGUCUCUCAAAAAUGUAGAUAUUGCUCUAUAAGUCUUUUCUGCAAAUUUGAAAGUUAUAAAAUGGAAGACACUCCUAAUUUAUUUGACAGCAAUCCUGUAGCAAUUAAUAUUAAAGUAAAUGAUAGAAAUAAAACUGUUGUAGAUGAUGUAUUAAAUGAAAUUCUUAAUGAUAUUCAAGACAUUGAGCCUUCAAAAAAUCUUGAUAUUGAGUCUCCAAUAAGUGAAGUAACAAAAGAAAAUACUACGGAGUACUGUACAGAUAAUUCUGAUAAUGAAGAAGCAAAUUUAUAUACAAGCCAAAUAGAUAGUUCGGAUAAAUCUUAUGAUGAAUUAAUGCAACACAAUGAUGAUACUUCAAAAAAUGUACCAAAAGCUAAAGAUAGUCAUAAAGGUCUACCACCAGGCAGAGUUAAGUUAAUUAUGAAGAUGGAUCCCGAUGUUAAUAUAAUUGCUGGAGAAGCAGUAUUUUUGGUUACAAAAGCAACAGAAAGUUUUGUUGGUUUGUUAGCUGAACACUGUCACAAAGCCAUGGUAUCAUCUAAUAAAAAAACUUUACAAAGGAAACAUAUUGAUGCAGUAAUAGAAGAAAAUUUGCCCUUUGAAUUUUUAGAGGGAACAUUGGAUUGGUAAUAGUUAUAAAUUAAAUUUCUCUAAUAAAAUUUAUGCUUAUAGUUUCAGAUAAUUUUUUUAUUUCAUUUUAACUCAUAAUAAAUGAGUUUUCAUUUAAAAAUGUAUUAUUUUCUUGCCUAGCUUGUUAAUUGAAUUUUCUACUAAAAUGUUUAUUUUAAAAGUUAAGCUAUAUAUAAUAAAAAUCACAUCUUGUAGAAUUUAA